AUGGAAACUCCAUCGUCCGGCACCACAACCCCGGUCGAUCUGGAGCUCGGCGACGACCAGAUCCGCAAGCGAUUGACAGUCACCUUCCGCAAUCUAAAUGUCCGAGUGACGGCACCAGAUGCUGCUUUGGGAAGCACUUUAUGGUCAGAGGUGGACCCACGACAGGUUGUGGCACUGCUGAAGCGUGGCGACCUCCCAAAGAGGACGAUCCUCAAGGAUGUGGCCGGCCAGGUCAAACCCGGGGAAAUGCUUCUUGUGCUGGGACGCCCAGGCUCCGGAUGCACUUCCCUUCUUCGAGUCCUCUCCAAUGAUCGGGAUAGUUUUGAUGAGAUCACCGGCAAAACCAACUACGGAAGCAUGGAUCAUAAAGCUGCCAAAAAAUUCUACGAUGUUCACUUCCCGACACUUACCGUCAACCGGACAAUGAAAUUUGCCCUUCGAAAUAAGGUUCCCAACGAGCGCCCAGAGCAUCUGAGAAACCGCAAGGACUUCGUGCAGAAGCAUCGUGAUGAGAUCCUGGAGUCACUUGGAAUCGGACACACGAAGAAGAACCUGGUAGGAAACGAGUACAUCCGAGGCGUGUCAGGAGGCGAACGUAAGCGCGUUUCACUUGCUGAGGUCCUGGCUGGGCAAAGUCCAGUCCAAAUGUGGGACAAUCCCACUCGGGGACUGGACUCGAAAUCAGCGGUAGAGUUUGCCCGAAUGCUCAGACGCGAAGCGGAUCGAAACGACAAGACAAUUAUUACCACUACGUACCAAGCCGGCAACGGUAUUUAUGACCAGUUCGACAAAGUUCUUGUUCUGGCUGACGGUCGUGUCACCUACUACGGCCCUCGUAGUGUCGCGAGGAAGUACUUCGAAGACCUUGGAUUCCUCUGCCCCAAGGGUGCCAAUAUCGCGGAUUUCCUUACUUCAGUCACUGUCGUUACUGAGCGCAUAAUCCGACCUGGCUGGGAAGAGAAGGUACCCAAUACACCCGAGGACUUUGAAAUCUGGUAUCAAAACAGCUCAAUCUGCAAAGAUCAAAUGAGCUCUAUCGUGGACCCUGAGAAGCUGAGCUACGAAGCUGAAGAACUUGAGUUGGCAGUAUCCAGCGAGAAGCGCAAACGGCAUAUUCCUCGGAACAGCAGUGUUUAUACAGCGAAUAUCUGGGACCAGAUUGCCGCUUGUGCUCUCCGGCAGUUUCAAGUUAUCUGGGGUGAUAAGCUGUCGCUAUUUGUGAAGGUUGGGUCAGCUUUAAUCCAGGCCCUCGUCUGUGGAAGUUUGUUCUAUAACUUGCCAGAGGAUUCAAGCUCAAUAUUCUUACGCCCUGGUGUUUGCUUUUUCCCGGUGUUAUAUUUCCUCCUUGAGAGUCUGUCUGAGACAACUGCAUCCUUUAUGGGCCGGCCAAUUCUUUCUCGUCAGAAGCGAUUCGGAUUCUACCGCCCUACGGCCUUUGCCAUUGCCAACGCUAUAACAGAUAUCCCAGUUGUGAUGUUCCAGGUAACAUGCUUCGCGCUCAUCCUUUACUUCAUGGCUGCUCUUCAAAUGGACGCAGGAAAGUUUUUCACUUUUUGGAUCAUCAUUAUUGCGCAGACAUUGUGUUUCAUACAACUGUUCCGAUCUGUUGGCGCUGCGUGCAAACAGUUUGGAAACGCAUCCAAAAUAUCCGGCUUGCUGUCCACUGUAUUCUUUGUCUAUGGAGGAUAUCUUAUCCCAUUCCAAAAAAUGCACGUGUGGUUCCGUUGGAUCUUCUACCUCAAUCCGGGAUCAUAUGCAUUCGAAGCACUCAUGGCCAAUGAGUUUGUUGGACGCAAAUUAACUUGCAUAGCGCCCGACUAUCUUCCAUACGGCGCCGGAUACUCCAGCUCAGCGUCUGUCCACCGUGGAUGUUCAGUUCUUGGAAGUGACGAUGAAGGUAUUAUUGAUGGGGCAAAAUACAUUCAGGAGCAAUACAGCUAUUCAGUCCACCACAUCUGGAGGAGCUUUGGUAUUCUCAUUGGACUUUGGAUUUUCUUCAUCUUUCUGACUUCCCUCGGGCUUGAACUCCGGAACAGCCAAAGUGGAUCAUCUGUUCUGCUUUACAAGCGAGGCAGCGAGAAAACUCGUACAAAGCAAGAAGGCGAAAAGCCACAGUAUCCAAAGCCGGCGGACGUUGGCGCACUUCUGGGCUCGGUCAAGCAGUCAACGUUUACAUGGAAAGACCUCGACUACCAUGUACCUUUCCACGGUGAGAAGAAACAGCUUCUGAACAAGGUAUUUGGAUUCGUCCAACCUGGAAACCUGGUUGCCCUUAUGGGGGCUUCUGGAGCCGGAAAAACGACAUUGCUGGAUGUGCUUGCUCAGCGCAAGGAUAGCGGAGAGAUCUAUGGGUCCGUUUUGAUUGAUGGCCACCCUGUUGGAAUCAGCUUCCAGCGAACUACUGGUUACUGCGAACAGAUGGAUGUACAUCUCGAGACAGCCACCGUCAAAGAGGCAUUGGACUUUUCGGCCGUUCUUCGCCAGCCAUCGACGGUUCCACACGAAGAAAAAAUCGCCUAUGUCGAACAUAUCAUCGACCUUUUGGAGUUGCGUAAUAUUAGCCAAGCACUCAUUGGAGUACCUGGAGCUGGACUCAGCAUUGAACAGCGCAAACGCGUGACCCUGGGCGUUGAGCUUGUUGCUAAGCCCGCAUUGUUGUUCUUGGAUGAACCCACCUCCGGUCUUGAUGGGCAAAGUGCGUUCAACAUUGUGCGUUUCCUUCGCAAGUUGGUGGAUGGCGGCCAAGCUGUCUUAUGUACAAUUCAUCAACCAUCUGCGGUUUUAUUCGACGCAUUUGACGGUCUUCUCUUGCUUGCUAAGGGCGGAAAAAUGACAUAUUUCGGAGAAACUGGCAAAGAGUCGACCAAAAUCUUGGACUACUUCGCUCGGAAUGGAGCACCAUGCCCUCCGGAUGCCAACCCAGCAGAGCAUAUCAUUGAUGUUGUUCAAGGAGGUGGUACUACAGAACAAAAGGACUGGGUCGAAAUCUGGAACCAGUCAGCGGAGCGCAAGCAAGCACUCUCCCAACUUGAUGCACUCAACGAAUCCAGCAGAGAUGACUGCGACUAUGUUGAAGAUACCGCUGACUUUGCGACCUCGCACUGGUUCCAAUUCAAGACGGUUUCUAAGCGCCUCAGUAUUCAUAUCUGGCGCUCACCAGAUUACAUGUGGAACAAGAUCUUUCUACAUAUUUUCGCCGCACUCUUCAGUGGAUUCACCUUCUGGAAGAUCGGAAACGGCACCUUCUCCCUUCAACUGAGACUUUUUGCGAUUUUCAACUUCAUUUUCGUCGCCCCAGGCUGUAUCAACCAAAUGCAGCCGUUCUUCUUGCAUAACCGUGAUAUUUUUGAGACCCGAGAGAAAAAGUCCAAAACCUAUCACUGGAGCGCAUUCAUUGGAGCACAGACUCUGACGGAGAUUCCGUACCUUAUCAUUUGCGCCACACUCUACUUCGCAUGUUGGUACUUCACAGCAGGACUUCCGGUGGAGGCCAGUGUUUCGGGACAUGUCUAUCUUCAGAUGAUUUUCUAUGAGCUCCUAUACACGUCAAUUGGCCAGGCAAUUGCGGCAUAUGCACCGAACGAGUAUUUUGCGGCUGUGAUGAACCCCGUCUUGAUCGGCGCUGGCCUGGUCAGUUUCUGCGGUGUGGUGGUUCCUUACUCCCUCAUGCAGCCAUUUUGGCGAUACUGGAUUUACUACCUGGACCCUUUCAACUACUUGGUUGGUGGGCUGUUUGGUGAAGUGAUCUGGGAUGUUAAGGUCAAGUGUGAACCAUCGGAAUUUGUGCAGUUUACCGCACCGUCUGGUCAGACCUGCGGGCAAUACAUGGCCGAUUUCCUCGCCACGCAGAGUGGUUACCUAGCUGAUGGGAACUCGACUGGGACAUGUUCAUUCUGUCCGUAUUCUGAAGGUUCCGAUUACGCGAAGACGUUCAAUCUUCAGGAGAAAUACUAUUCGUGGAGAGAUACGGGUAUCACUGCCCUGUUCUGUAUCUCAUCGUACUCCUUGGUGUUCCUCAUGAUGAAGCUCAGGAGCAAGAAGACGAAGAGCGCCCGUUCCGAAUGA